UUCUCAGUGUCUGCAUUUCGAAACUAAUAAAUUCCAAAAUGAAUGACUGCCACAUCCUCUCUAGACAGCGGAAGAGGAGCGCGAGUAAAAGCAGUCUCCCAGGCUGUGUUCCCUCCACUCUUCUUCCUCUAUCGAUAUCUGAGCAUUCGGUGCCAGAACAUAAGUUGGCCACAGCAACAUCGAAUAUUUUCACCCACAGCUCCAAGAAGCCCAGCUAUUAUCGGUACACACAGCUGGACGAACUCUGGGCACAGACCGAUCGAGUUUGCAACGACGAGCCGGACGUCAGUCACCAUCCCAGCUACACAAUUACCAAAUUUUCCUACAAUCUGAACUGCCAUCUGCGGUAUAAGGACGCUACCAAAAGGUACAAUAAUCAAUUGAAGCGUGAAAUAGCAAAUUUUGUAGCCAGUCGACGCUCAAUAUGUGACCAACACUUUGCCAGAAGCAUUUUCUCCUAUACUUCGUUGUGGCCGCCGCUUCAUACGAAGCAAGAGAUCGAAUACUUUAAUAGAGCAUUCUUUCAACUGACGCCAAAGCAAAAGAAACGCCUGAACUAUUUAAUGAAAACAAAUUUAAGUGAUGUUUAAGAUACUUUCUGGAAAAUAAACAAAUUACCCGUAAACUAGCACAAAAGAUAGCGUCCAUAAAACCUGAAUACAGUGUAUGACUUUUUAUGCGGUCAGAGCUUAAAGACUUCAAAAAUAGUUAGCUGCUCUUGUGGCCCAGUCUGGCAGCACCGCAUCGGCGCAAGCACACUCCUGCUCCCAGAGUUGUAUUCGGGAUUUGGUUCAGAGUUGUUUAAUGGUAUAUUCGAUUUCUAAUUUAUGUUCUAAAUCUCUCCAAUUUACUUGUAUAUAUAUUAUUCAAAUUAUUUAAA